AUGCGCCUUCUAAGGGUUGACGAUCACGGUGAGCUGAGUGCUCCCAGGUACAUCUCUGGGGAUGCCCCACCCUACGCAAUACUUUCACAUACUUGGGGCGAACAGGAGGUUACCCUUAACGACCUCACCAAUGGAUCCAGUAAGACUAUGACUGGCUAUACCAAGAUUCAACUCUGUUUGGAACAAGCUAAAAAAGACGGGCUACAGUAUGUCUGGGUGGAUACAUGCUGUAUCGACAAGUCAAGUAGCGCUGAGCUUCAAGAGGCUAUCAACAGCAUGUUUCGAUGGUAUCAGCACGCAUCCAUCUGCUACGUGUACUUGGAAGAUGUGUUGGGUCGUAACCGCCUUCACAACUCAGCUGAGCUGUAUUGGGAAUCUACUCUUCGGCAAAGCAGAUGGUUCACUCGAAGUUGGACAUUGCAAGAACUUAUCGCUCCUCCUGUGGUUGAGUUCUUUUCCCGGGACUUUGAACCGCUUGGAGACAGGAGGUCGCUAGAAGCAAUAAUUCACGAGAUUACGGCCAUUCCUAUUCAGGUCCUUCGUGGAACGUCCGUCUUUGAGUACAGUACCGAGGAAAGAUUGUCAUGGGCAGCGAAGCGGCAGAGUACACGCACAGAGGACGGAGCUUAUUCACUACUCGGUAUAUUCAAUACCUUCAUGCCUCUCAUUUAUGGCGAAGGGCAGUCGAAUGCGUUCGCAAGACUCCGCCGGAAGAUCAGCAAAUCAAGCAGAUAUGAUUCGAGCGUGUUCAACCUGGAGAGCAAAUAUCCACUGCUCAAUCCUUGA